UCAUAUCCUUUAGUCCCUUAUACACAUUGAAAAUAAAAUGUCUUUCAACCCUUUUGAUCUCUUCAUUUUCUUCUCUUUUUUUCUCUUCAUUUUCGCUUUCAUAUACUUUCUAUUCCUCAAAUCCAAACCACCAUCAUUCUCAAUAAAACAUUCUAAUACUACCAUAGCACAUGGUCCUCCUUCUUACCCUAUUAUUGGAUGCCUUAUUUCCUUUUACAAAAACAGAAAGAGGCUCUUAAAUUGGUACACCGACCUCCUCUCCGAGUCAUCGACACAAACAAUUGUAGUGAGCCGCCUCGGAGAACGUAAGGUGAUCGUAACAGCUAACCCGAAAAAUGUUGAAUACAUUCUUAAAACAAACUUCUCUAACUUCCCAAAGGGUCAGUCGUUUACAGAAGUUUUAGGAGAUCUUCUAGGUAAUGGUAUAUUUAAUGUUGAUGGCGAAUUAUGGGCGAAUCAAAGGAAGUUAGCGAGCCACGAAUUUACAACAAAAUCAUUACGAGAAUUUGUUGUAAGAAUUUUGGAAGAAGAAGUUGACGCUCGACUUAUUCCAUUGCUUCAACUUGCUGCUCAUGAAAAUAGAAUCAUUGAUUUGCAGGAAAUACUAAAAAGAUUUACAUAUGAUUCAAUAUGUAAAGUCUCCUUGGGGAUUGAUCCAAAAUGUCUAGACCUCUCAAAUCCAACCCCGCCAAUCGUUACCGCCUUUGAAAGCGCGGCCGAGAUCUCGGCAAAGCGAAGUGCUAGCCCAAUCAAUGUCAUAUGGAAGCUUAAGAGAAUUCUUAACCUUGGCUCCGAGCAGCAACUCAAGCAAUCCCUCAACAUACUUCAUAAUCAUGUUAGUGACAUCAUUUGUACUAAGAAAGAGUCACUUGCUAAUUCAAAAGAAUCCGAAAAUCAUGAUCUCCUCUCCCGCUUUCUAUUUGCUGGUUACGAUGGCAAUUUGGCUAGGGAUAUGGUGAUCAGCUUUAUUAUGGCCGGUCGUGAUACAACUGCAGCUGCAAUGACAUGGCUUUUUUGGCUUUUAUCAUCGGUGGACCUUGGAUCUCGGGAACGUAUUAGGGAUGAAUUGACAAGUGGGAUAGACUUAAGUUCGGGUCCACUAAGGUAUGAGAUAUUAAAGAAAGAAUUAAAAUAUUUGCAUGCUUGCAUAUGUGAGGCAAUGAGGUUGUACCCUCCAGUUGCAUGGGACUCAAAGCAUGCCAUAAAUAAUGAUGUUUUACCAGACGGCACUAAGGUUAGUAAAGGAGACCGUGUUACAUACUUUCCUUAUGGUAUGGGUAGAAUGCAGGCAAUCUGGGGGAAAGAUUAUAUAAAGUUUAAACCAGAUCGUUGGUUUGAAAGUCAGACUGAUGACAAAUCAUUUUCAGACAAUGAGAAAGAUAGAAAUAAUCAUGCAAGAAAGUUAAAGAUGGUAAAUCCCUAUGAAUUUCCAGUCUUUCAAGCCGGACCUAGGGUAUGUCUUGGGAAAGAAAUGGCAUUUAUUCAAAUGAAGUAUGUCAUAGCCUCUAUCAUAAGUCGUUUUAAUUUUGAGCCGGUUAAUUGUGAACAUCCAAUAUUUAUGCCCCUUUUGACUUCCCAAAUGGAUGGGGGAUUGAAAGUGAGGGUGAAGGAAAUAAUAAAUUAAGUAAUUUAGGGACUUAUCGGAUGAUGUGCAAACCCAUUAAUUGUAAUUUUGUUUGUUUUCCUUUUUUUUAGAAAAUGAAAAAUAUUCAAUCAAUCAUGCAUUGUCAUAUAAAAAUGCAUAUAGAGUGUUAUAUUCCCUAUAUUUGCCCCAUUUUUUUUAUUCUGUCCCGUUUAAUUUCUUCAUGCUAUUUGUAACACCUCAAAUAUCCAUGAUCAGCAGAAAUACAUACCAUUAUAAUAAUUAUAAUUAUUAUACCUUAGGGAUAGAGUUAGGCGUAUUAACGCCAUGUAAUAACGUAAGACUACUUUAAAAACUCAGCUCAACUUAAUAAUAACUUGCAACAUAAACCAACCCUUUCUUUAUUAUUACUUCAAAAAUAACCAAAUCAUUGUCAUUAGUACUCAAAAUUAAAUAUAAAAUAGGAAAUUUUCAUUUUUACCACCUUCAAAUAAUGACUUUGUCGAAUUUACCACCUCCAAAAAAAAAAACAUUUACUUUACCACCUCAUAAAAAAAUUAAACAUCAGUUUUACCACCUCAUCUGAGCUCAGGUGACG